UUUUAACGGACGGUGUACAUUUGCUCACGCCAUUCAAUGGCUUUUACGCGCCACAGGUGAUUCAAGAAACGUUAACAGUUGGUAGCAACGCAACACUCAGUCCCCACACAAAUUCAAUUCAAUUCAAUUUAAAGUCACAGGCUCCACUCUCUUUUUACUUCAAUGUCCCUUUCUUCGCCAUGAAAUCAUCUGGCAAAUUCUCCUCCUUUUCGGCCACCACAACCGUCACCUACACUUUCAAAAAUGAUCACUUUACCCCUCACACGUCCACUGAAAUCCCCAUCCAGUCCCCCUCCCAAGCGCCUCCAGCUCCCAUCACCGUCCAGCUCCCUCAACAGCUCCAAUCUCAAGCCGCCGCCAAAAUCCAAUCCAUCUACAGGGCCCACGUGAUCCGGGCCCUCUACAAGAAAAUCUCAUCCGUCAACUCCGAAGCCGACCGUUUACAACGUCUUAUCCAACGGCAGGAAACAGUGGACUCCGUCAGGAGCGAUGAGCGGGAGAAGCUGAAAAUGAACGAGGCGUUGAUGGCUUUGCUUCUUAAACUGGACUCUGUUCCGGGUACAGACCCGUCGAUAAGAGAGGCGAGAAGAAAGGUGAGCCGUAGGAUCGUGGGGUUGCAAGAGAUUCUUGAUGGGAUUUGUGAAGCAAAAGUUGAUUAUAAUUAUUCUGAUUGUGAAUAUGGGGACUGGGGUCCGUUUGGUUACUGGAGAAAUCUAGAUAAAGUGGUUGAACAGAUGGAAGAAGAAGUCUGUAGAGAGAGGGGUGGCCAUGAGAUGGUUGAAUUUUGUGCUCAACAUCUUGGGUUUCGUUGCUUGCAGAGGUUUCUUCGUAGCUAAAAAAACAGAGACCUAUCCGAGUUUUCUGUUAAUUUUUCUUCUAAAAAACUGUAUCUGUAUUGGAUCCAAUCAACGUUUCGAUUAUAUCGAGGGUUUGUUUGUCUA